AUGGUUCGCCUGCAGCUUCCGCCGGUGCCGGAAGGUAUCAAUCCCUACCUCUACAUCGAGCGCUACCUACACUACCUCUUCAAUCCGAUGCCGACGCCAGGUUUCGACGCUCGGCUGUACGUCCUAUGGGCGCUGAUGGGCUAUGGUAUCGUCAUGGCGAUCGUAUACCUGUGCUUGAUGGCGGUCGAGUAUCGACGGCGGGAGAAGCGUUUCUGGCUUUGGCGUCUCGUCAGCCGGUCGAACGGGCGGUACAUCGUCGGAAACCAACACGCCCUCUUCGCCUUCUUCUCCCUUGCGAGCUGCGCCGUCCUACUCGGCUACAACAACAACUUUCGUCGCGUAGCGCUGCUACAGCGAUUCCAAUCCCGCGCAUACUUCUGGCGUUCGCUCGUCUGGAUCCCCCUCAUCGUACACGCCUGGAUUUCUUCAUGGUCGAACCUCCAGGCGGCGAUCCUCUCCUCGCAAAAGGCGACGAAGACACACAUCCUCUCGCCAAAACUCGCCAACGGCCUGUACAUCGCCGGCUUCCUCGUCCUCAUCCCCGUCAUUGUCCUCGACGUCUACACCGCGUUCGCAUGGAGAAAGACGUGGGACGCGGGCAUGAUCUUGCGGACAACCCUCACAUCGCUCGGUCAAGCGCGACCGAGCGACUCGGCACAAGCGGCUGAGGCUGCGAUCGCCGUUCAGUUCAACAAGGUUGCCGACAAGCUACAGUUCUUCGUCCACAUGCUCCAGGCUGUCCACGCUCUCUACGUCUUCACAAUGCUCAUCAUCAUUGGCGUCAACCUCGGCGGACUCGGCUUACUCUUCACGCUGCGACGGCAGAUCAAGUUUAACAGCCGCCGCCUCUCGUCACAGAUCCGCACAAGCAGUCACCCUGCUCACGCGUCAAGUGCAACAGGCGCCGGCUCGUCCAUCGGGACUCCUCUCGCUUCGCCUGCCCUCGUUCCCCCUUCCACCGCCCUGCUCUCCGACCCGCCUCAUCCCCUCUCCCCGCGCGUCAACGGCGACCAAACACCGCCCAAGACGACUCUUCUCCGCCACGUCUUCUUUGCUGGCCAGGCGAAGGAGAAGGACAACUCGUCCGAUACCACCGCUUCGAGAGGGAGGAACCACAUCUCGGUUGGUCAACUGAAGGAGGCGGCGGAGAAUACGACACAGGCGGGUGCGGCUACAAGGCAGCAGGCAAAGCAGUUGCUGGCGCUGAAGAAGGUCGAGUGGGACUUGAUUGUCUUCCUCGCCGCCAUCGUCGUCAUGGCGACCGUCUUCCUCGCCUUGGCGCUCUGGCUCGCAAUCUCACCCUCAUCGGUCUACUCCUCCUGGCGCACAAUGGAAGUCUCCUUCUACCUCGUCCCAUGGAUGUACCUAACAGGCGUCGACUGCUCCCUCACCUUCCUCACCCUCAACUCAAUCCGGCACCUCCUCUCCUCCUCCUCCCGUCUCGCAAACGUGAUCGGUCUACAUGGCCGGCAGGUUGAUGCACGCCGCGUGAGCGUGGCGGGAUUGACGAGCGAUGAGUUGGAGAGCGAGAGUUAUGGGAGGCCGGGUGCCGCUGGGGCCUUGGGGACUAUGUCCCGCGUUGAGGAGGAGGAGGAGGACGAGAGAGGGCAUGUGGCGGUUGAGAUGGAUGUGAGGAAGAGGGACGAGACGCCUUCGGGGACGACGACGGCGAGCGUUUAG